AUGGCCGAUUCUCCCAUGUACUCAGCGCCUGUACCGGCGGCAGAGAAACCCAUUCUCGAUAAAUUGGUCCUCGUUCGCGACAAGCUUACCCUCUUGAAAUCCGACAAAUCGACCUACGUGAAAUCGCAGGACAUACUACCACUUUACGAUGAGGUGGUCGAGCAAGUACAUCAGCUCAACGAUGUUCGAGGUCCGGACCAUCUGGUUCAGAACAGAGUCGAUUCUGUCCUCGAUGACUGUCUACAAUUACUUUCACUCUUCUUCAUGGCGAUCGGUCGCAACAACGAAGCACCAGCAUUGUACAGUAUGACCUCGAACAUCACCAGAUUAUGCGACCACUUGAAAGAGGCUGCUUUUUACUACCCAAGAGACCUGGACAGUCUAGACAACACACUUAGCAAUAUGCGACGGACACUGAAUAAAGAUGCAGACAAACACAGCCCAUACCUGUUGACGAGAAUAACGUAUCGUAUCGAGUUGUGUGAGACGAUGUUGAAAGAGCUGCGAGAUUUCCUGAGUACACUGAGCCCACCCAUGGUUCCGACAUGGGAGAAGCUUGUUAGCAUUUUGAGAGCGAUAGCUGCUUUGAACACAAGGAGCAAGUAUGUACAGAACGACCUGGACGAGUUGAGAAACCAGCUGCUGGAAAUCAAGAGCCAUAUGCAGGACGGGAAGCUCCCAGGAGAAGAGGGACAGUUUGCAGACGGUCAAAAUUUGGUUGUACCGCUCCUGGAAAGAUGUCUCAGGUUCAUUCAAAUGGUCGAGGAAAGAGAAGGAAAGAUUGAUCCUCGAUUCCAGGAGACAUACGACAAACUUAUCGAUAUCCGAAAUCAUCUGGAAAGGCUGACGAUGACACAAGCUUGGUCUUUGCGAGAAACGGAUCUUUUUAUGUGGCAGCGAAAGCUCGAUCGCAUUGAUGAUUCGAGGCGAGAUGGCAAUUUCUUCGACGCCGAGGGACAUCCCGCCGAUUUGCAUGCGCAGAGGACUCUACUAUACCUGAUCCGCAAAGGUUAUGCCCUCAUCUACCAGCUCCUCAUUGCUUCCGAGCCUGUGUCCGAAGCAUUAUUACCCAUUUACAACCAACUGCUGACUCUCCGAAAAUGCCUGAUAGAAGUCAAGAAGAACGGUGGUGUUUCAAAUCCUCGCGAACUCUACCCAUACAGUAUGAAGUUGAACUCGAUCGAUAAUAUGCGGGUCGAUGGAAAGUUUCAGAUUGGAAAAGAUAUUCCAGAAGGUCAAGGCGCGGUUAAUGACCUACUGGCCGAAUGUUAUGAUAUGGCAUAUGAUCUGAGGACAGAAGCUGAGGAAGCACAAGACGACGAUUGA